AUGUCAAACCGAUACUCCUUUUCAAGGGAUUUUCAAGAGAAGAUUCAGAUUUUGGGGAAGUUCUUCCAAAAGAGAAAGUUUCUCAAAAAAAAGGACAAGGCCGUGUUGUGUAAGCAGACGGGAUUCCCUGAAAGUUUCAUCAAUAAUUGGUUCAUCCAGAGGCGGAAAAUUCUUAGGCGAGAGUCCAGGAGCAGUAUCGACUCAACAUCUUCAGACUUGACAGAGGUUGCACUAAUGGAAUUUUCAACUCCGUCGUUGCCUUCUGAAGCCAUGGGUCUCACACCUGUCUUCGACGCACCGCUAUCCUUGGAAACUGAGAGCACGUUUGGAGAAGAAGCUCCUCUUCUAGUGUCCUGCUCGCCGGACACAUCAAUCGAUGAUCCAGGAGCGCGGCCUCUGAUUUCAGGAGGAUCACAACAAUAUCAAGGACUUCUAAUGAUUGCACAGCCUCAAAAUCAAAUGUCAACUGCAUUCAUGAGCCCUCCCACUUCUUCUGAUUCGUGCAACUCAGCGUCGCCUUCUCCCAAAACGGAAGUCAUCACACCUUUCCAACCACCACAAUUCGAUGCAUUGGGCAGCAAGAACUAUAGCUUCACAACUCAGGAAUCAACCUCUGCACCAGGGAGCAGUCUCUCUGAUCAGGAGACAAUCAAGACUCUCAUCAACAUCGUUUGUGCCUACAAUCUCCAAGUACAGUCUCUAUUGGACAAUCAGGCUAUGAUGAACAACCAACUUCAGGCCUACGCGAAUGCAUUGGUCGAUCUGCAACGUCAACAACCUCAUUCCGCUCCCAUGAUAUCCUACUCGAAGCAUCAGGAGGAGAAACUGAAAGAUCAGUUCAAGAAGAAGCCCUACAUUGAAUUUGAAGAACGAAAGAAGUUGGGAGACGAGAUUGGGCUUACAGAAGCACAGGUUAUGUUGUGGUUCAGAGAGAAUCAAAGUUCCGAUGAAAAGGGCGUGCAGAAGCUCACUGAUGUAUUGGAAGAGUUGAAGGCGAUGGGUCCUCCCAAGAAUGCAGCGAACCCAAAUACGAAUUCGGAAUUCCCAUAA